AUGGACGUUGGAAUGUCCCGUACAAACUUUCUUUUUGUUGCUUUUUUGUGCGUUUUUGCAGCUAGUAAUUUAAAGGGCAUUAGGAAUUUUGCAGAGGCCUUUAGUGGCAAUGAAGUUUCUUCGGAUAUUGAAAAGAUAGAUUAUGAUAAGCUCAGUUUGCCAGACUUCAGAGUUAGUGUCAUCUUGAAUUUGAGUGACUCUUUUAACAUGUAUAAUGAGAAAGACAUGAACCGUUACAGCCCACAUAUUAAAGCAGAAGAUGUAUGGAUACAGUGUAGAAGAGAAUUGAAGGAGUGCCUUCAGUUUCUUGAAAGUUUAGAACUAUAUCUCUCUCAGAUACCAGAACCUUAUGAAAAUCCAACAUUGCCUGUUGAUUUGUUGGCUAAAAGAAUUGUACAGCAGACCAUACCCAAUUUAACUUUCCAAGAUAAGCAAUUUCUCUUUGAGUGCUUAAGAAAGAAGCCAUUGCAAAAUCAUGAAUCUGGAAAAGAAUUUGGUUCCAAUACUCAGUUCAAUAAGUGCCCGGAGCUAUUUUCGAGUUGGUCCUCUGCUCCCAGAAGGUUCUUAAGACAUCAUAAUCAUCAUGUGCUAAGCCUCGUUCAAGCCCCCGGUUCUCCAGCUGCAUCGCCACAUCACGCUCCAGCACCAUCUCCAGUGCCUGCUAGUUCUCCCUCCCCAACUCUUCAUUCCCCUUCUCCAGUUUUAGAGCCACCUUCACCAGAACCAUCUCCUCUACAAAAUGUCAUCCAUUCUCCUCUACCAUCAUCCAGUGUUGGUCCUCUACCACCCCAAACUGGUGCACCAACUCCUUCAGGAAAUGGCUUGGACAGAAUUUAUGGCAUUGCAGCCAUAGCUGCAAGUGCAGUGACAUCGCCACAUCACGCUCCAGCACCAUCUCCAGUGCCUGCUAGUUCUCCCUCCCCAACUUUGCAUCCACCUCCUCCAGUUUUACAGCCACCUCCACCAGAACCAUCUCCUCCGCAAAAUGUCAUCCAUUCUCCUCCACCAUCAUCCAUUGUUGGUCCUCUACCAAGACCUCAAACUGGUGCACCUACUCCUUCAGGAAAUGGCUUGAACAGAAAUUACGUCAUUGCAGCCAUAGCUGCAAGUGCGGUGACAGGUUUGGCUCUUAUUGUACUGUUCUUGAUAUGCUGUAUCAACAAGAGAAAAGAACAAGUUGCCCCUGGAAAUGGACAAAACAAUGAAAAAAGAGAUGAAAAGCCUCUUCUAAACUUCUGCUCCAGUGAUCUUUCUGCUGGUUCUACUCAGAAGUCUCAGAAAAUAGUAGCCUUUAAUAACCAAAACCUCAAGAUGUCAUCUACUGUCAGCAAUAUUCCUUUCGCAGUUAAUGUUGCUGAUUCAUCAACUAAAACUCAGUCAACAAAAGUGACAAAUGAUACAUCUGAAAAUGUUAAUUCCUUAUUGCCGCUUCCUCCAGGAAGACCAGCACUUCCACCGCCUGGACCACCACCACCUCCUCCCCCUAAACCUCCAGCUCCUGCCCCUCCUCCUCCUCCAAAAGUGGCUCGACCUCCUCCUAAUCCACCAAAACCUAGUAACUUGGGAAGGCCUUCUCCUCCUGGAGCCAAUAAUCCCAGAAGUUCUUCUGGAGGCAAUACAAGUGAAUUGUCGGGUGAAUCUGAUGCUCCAAAAGCUAAGUUAAAGCCAUUUUUCUGGGAGAAGGUUCCAGCGAACCCUGAUCACUCCAUGGUUUGGCAUGAUAUCAAAGCUGGGUCUUUCCAGGUUAAUGAGGAGAUGAUGGAAUCCUUAUUUGGUUAUGUCCCAGCCGAAAAAGGCAAAUUUGAGCACAAGAGAAAUUCAUCUUCUGAAUCUUCAGUCCCCUAUGUUCAGAUAAUUGAUCCGAAAAAAUCACAAAAUCUUGCAAUUCUUCUUAAAGCAUUGAAUGUGACAACAGAAGAAGUGAUUGAUGCUCUAAAGGAAGGUAAUGAGCUGCCAAUAGAGCUUGUUCAGGCAUUACUGAAGAUGGCACCUACAACAGAUGAAGAAUUAAAACUGCGGUUAUUUAGUGGGGAUGUCUCUCAGCUUGGCCCUGCUGAACGCUUCCUGAAAGUCUUGGUUGAGAUUCCAUUUGCCUUCAAAAGGAUGGAAUCAUUGUUGUUCAUGAGUUCUUUUCAGGAAGAAUCUUCUUCCGUCACGGAAUCCUUUGCUACUUUAGAGGUAGCUUGUAAGGAACUGAGAAACAGCAGACUAUUCCUGAAACUCUUAGAAGCAGUUCUGAAACUUGGAAACCGCAUGAAUGAUGGCACUUACCGUGGUGGUGCAACAGCAUUCAAGCUUGACACUCUCUUGAAACUGUCAGAUGUAAAAGGAACUGAUGGUAAGACCACACUCCUUCACUUUGUUGUUCAGGAAAUCAUCCGAUCUGAGGGUCUAAGGGCUGCACGUAGAUUAAGAGAAAGCCACAGCAUGUCCAGUGUGAAAACAGAAGAUCUAGUGGAGGAAUCAUCAGAGGAAACAGCUGACUACUAUCGCAGCCUUGGUCUUCAGGUGGUAUCUGGGCUGAGCAACGAUCUGGAGAAUGUACGAAAGGCAGCACUUAAAGAUGGUGACGACCUAGCUGGAGCAGUUUCCAGUCUUGGGCAAUCGUUUGUAAAGCUUAAAGAUUUCAUAAACAAUGAAAUGGCGAAUGUUGAGGAAGACAGUGAGUUCCGCACUACACUGACUAAUUUUGUGGAGCAUGCUGAAGCUGAUAUCACAAAGCUGCUGGAGGAAGAGAAAAGGAUAAUGGCUCUUGUGAAGAGUACAGGAGAUUACUUUCAUGGAAAUGCAGGAAAGAAUGAGGGCUUGCGCCUCUUUCUUAUUGUUCGUGAUUUCUUGGUAAUGGUGGAUAAGGCAUGCAGAGAUGUUAGAAGCUCAACAAAAUUGCCAGCCAAGACCCCUCGAAAAGAAGCGCUAGCACCAUCACCUUCUGAAGAAUCCAAUCGGGAGUCUUUGCCAGAUUUUCGGCAACGAUUAUUUCCUGCAAUCAAAGAAAGGCAUAUGGAUGAUUCCAGUUCAGAUGAAGAUGACAAAUCUCCUUAGUAUCCAGUCCCAGAAGGUACUUUAGCUAAAGGGUGGAAAUGAACUUCUGAUACAAGCUUUUAUUAACUGGAGUCCUCAAGUUCUGACGGGUCACAACUCUCCUCUAAAAGAUUCUCGGAUCAUUGGUUUACAGGUGCUCAAAUAAUCUGUCGAUCAAGUACAUGAGGCUUAGCAUCUUGUUUUAGUCCUCUAAAUGGAUAUUGUUUCUCAAGAAAGAGGAUGAGACUCUGCCAUUGGGCUUUAUCCAAGCAUUAGAGGGGCAAUGUGAAGAAAUCACACUAUUCCUGCUGUUAUUUAGGUGUCAGUUGAAACCAACAUUGUAAUUAUGUUUCUCUGUUGUAUUGCACUCAAUAGAUGUGCAAUUUGUCGAUAGGUAAAACUCACCCUUGUCCACAGCAGAUCCAAGAUUUUCUUGGUCUGAGGUACUGAUCUUCCAUAAUCUCAGUCCCGUUGUG